CCAAGUGGACGUCAAAAAUGGUUCAUCGAAAACCGGUAGAUGCCCGUUGGCCCCUGGCGCACACACUCACUGGAACACACCAAGCGGCCCCAUGGAUCCAUACCCAGUGAACCUGCCUACAACUGCUGUUGAGUUCGCGAAGAAGUAGAAGACGACAGACAGACCACCCAAAGCGGGAAGGAGAGAGGAAGUCGCCUCAACGGACGACAGUGAUGGCCGCCAGCACACAGGAGGAUAAGAUAGCCGAAAAACCGGCUCCUUUGGCCGUUCAUGUGGGUGGUGCCCUGGUUCCCGUUGGCGCCGCUCCCGUUGUUCCCGCUCACGUCCCUCCAGCCCGCGACUACUAUGACGACCCGGACGAUGCCGACGAGGGUCCGGUGAAGCAGCACAAGCAAGUCGUGCAGGCUACGGAGUACGGCCCUAGCCUGACGCUCAUCUUCGGCUUAGCGGUCGUCGCCAUCACCUUGGCUGCCGUGAUCACCUUCUACGCGAUACAGCCAAACAUGCCUGGAAGGACGAUGCCACCGUCCUCGACGACCACCUUGACGCCCUUGGACUAUUUAAACGCGACCAACGUUACCCAAGAUGGGAACGCCGACGGCAGUAUCUGAAAUGCCGAUGCCAGUGGUGUUCGAAGUGAAAGCGCUGUCAUUUAUAUAAAAGUAAAGACAGAGCACUGCCAGCGCAUA